GGACAGGAGGAGGUGGAGGAGGAGCAAAAGGAUUAAAGACACAAAGUGAGGAUGAGGAGGAUUAAACAGGAGGAAGAGAACAAGAGAAGAUAAAAAACAAAUGAGAGGAGCAGCAGGAGGUCGAGUUUAUAUCAGUUUAUCAAGAUUCAACCUGAAGAUCGUCAGAGAGACAGACAGGCCUGAGGGGAGCGCUGCUUCAGUCUGAUGUAAACCUACAGCCUUCAAAUUUUGAAUCUCACUGGAUUGUCAUGAGAACCUGGUCGAGGUAGAUGUGGAGGAGCGUAACUUCAGGAGAAAAAAAUGAAGAAGUCAAUGUACUUCCUGUCUAGCUGACUCUGCUACCCACCAUGUCUCCCCUCUGCUGGCUCCCCCAGCUCUUCAUCCUCCUCCUCAUCAUCUCUCUGCCUCUGUGCUCCUGUCAACUCAGCAGUCCAUUCGACACCUGUAGCUCUUUGCCUGGCUUGGAGGCGGGGCCACGAUGGCAGUUCUCCCCAUGUCAGCCCCCUCCCACCAACAUGAAGGAGUUCAUGCAGAUCAGAGUGGAUCCCCCCGGGAUCACCUGUGGAAACCCACCUGAGAGGUUCUGCACAUUGGAAAACCCUUACCUGUGCAGUGAUGAGUGUGACGCGUCCAGCCCUGACUUGUCUCACCCUCCUCAGCUUAUGGGAGACAGGGAGAGGGGUGGGCUCAUCACCUAUUGGCAAACAAUCACCUGGUCCAGGUAUCCUGAGCCACUAUUGGCUAACAUCACUCUGUCAUGGAACAAGAGUCUGGAGGUGGUUGAUGACAUCAUCAUUACCUUUGAAUAUGGGAGACCAACCAGCAUGGUUCUGGAAAAAUCUAUGGACAAAGGUGCAACAUGGCAGCCAUAUCAGUACUAUGCUGACGACUGCCUCGAGGCCUUCGGCAUGUCACCUAAGCAAGUUUCUGAUUUAGCACCAACUAACUUAACCCGUGUCAUCUGCACUGAGAAGUACUCCCGCUGGGUUGGGGCUAAGGAGGAGAAGAACGUGGUGUUUGAGGUGCGUGCUCGAUUUGGCGUGUUUGCUGGUCCAAAGCUUAUCAACAUGGAUGCCCUUUACAUACGGAUGGAGACGAUGAAAGGUCUCAGAGACUUCUUUACCUUCUCCAACCUCCGUCUGCGGCUCCUCCGCCCUGCUCUAGGAGGAACCUACGUCCAGAGAGACAACCUACUGAAGUACUUUUACGCCAUUUCUAACAUUGACGUUCCUGCCAGGUGUAAAUGUCACCUGCACGCAUCUCAGUGUGUGUUGCGAGAUGCAACUCUGCAGUGUGAAUGCAAGCACAACACAGGUGGACAGGACUGUCAGCGCUGCCGGGGAGGCUUCAGGUCCCGCAGCUGGAGACCAGGCUCAUACCUGCCCCUGCCCAGAGGCACUGCUAACACCUGUGAAGCAGCUGGAAGCGUAGUGCCGGCUGGUGACUCUAACUCAGCAGCAUCUGAUGGACCCUCUGCCUCAUCAGAUGGAGUGACUGACACUACUACCACUACCACUACUACGACUACUACCACUGCUACUCCUUACAUUGACAGUUCUACCAUGUCUGCAGUCACUGACAGCAGUACCAAAACUGAUAUGAACACUGUUGUUUGGACAUCACCCAUACUAACUGACUUUACUUUUACUGACAAUCCAACAAAUUCUAAAAGCGCCACUUCUAGCCCCUCUACCACCACAGAUGGUAUUUUGUCUAUGUUUUAUUAUUCACUGACUACUUUUACAACCACAAAAAGUGCUCUUACACUAUCAGAUGCAGAUAGAGGUUCUAUUGCCACUAACCCACAGAGUAUUACUGCUGCAGAAACAAGUACUACCACUGAUAGUGUUACUACUACUGAUACCUCAGUAUUUAGUAGGACUAGUAGUAUUUCAGUGUCUGACAUGACCAGUACAAUGUACUACACCAGUACUACAAAUUCUGCCAUGGAUGUAGAUGUCAUCACAACAUCCGACACUGGUGCUGUAGUUUUUACUGCUGUGAGUAGUACUCGUAGUACUAGUAAUGCUGGUGAAUUCUUUGACUCAAGCAGUACAACAGGACCUUCAGCAGAUAUUUCUUCAUCAAUUAGUACAGCCCAGGGAAAAGUUAUCAACACUUCCUGUACCACCAUUAGCAGCUACGGUCUAACCAGUAAGAGGUCCACAAUCUCAACCAGGAACAGCGACCCGGGGGUGUCUAAGAGUCACUCGAUGACAAGACCAUUUGACUUCACUGCAGACUUCCCCUUGUCAGGGACUGGUAAUACUGACUUGGUGACCAAUAAUGUUCCACCUUCUGUUGGUGUAGUGCCAUCAACCAGGGCGCAGAAUCCAGCAACUAUUCAAGAAAUCACUCCACUCAGUGAAAAGGUGUCUUCAGGAGAUACACUGCCAACUGGUUCUACUCCAGCCACUCAAGAAGGAGAUGGUCCACCUUCAGUCAGAGCUGAAACUUCUGUUUCUCCAGACAUUCUAGUCAUUCUGUUACCACCUUCAGAUGUCCCAUUAGAUGUAAAAACUCCCCCUGAUAAACCAAACCCCAAAACACCUAAUGCGCUUCCCCCUGUUGUACCUCCUGAGGACCUUACCCUUUAUCUACCUUCAGCAAUAUUACCAACUUAUUUAACAUCUUCAGAUGUUCCACCAGGUGGCCUAUCAUCAAAAACUAGAGAAAUUUCAACUUAUUUACCCUCUACUGAAAUACCCGUGCCAAAAGAACCUUCUCCUGAAGUACCUCCUUUAAAAAUACCUCCAGAAAUGUCAUCAUCUAGAGCUUCUGACAGUUUAAUGGCUGUUCCUUCUCCUGAUACAGUUCCAGAUAUACCUUUUCUGAAUUUACCUUCUCCUAAUACACCUUCUGCAGAAACACCUCUUCCAAAUGCCCUUUCUACAGAAUUGCUUGCAUCAGAUGUGACCCCUUUGGAAGUGUCUCCUCCAGGUCUUCCAGAACUCUCCCUAACCCCAAAAGUAGUGUCCUCUAUAACUCCUGGCAUAUUGACAGAUGCACCUCCUUCUGAUGCACCUCUUCCCACACUAAUUACUUCUGGUGCCCCCCCUCCAGAUCCUGAUGUUAAUGUAGAGUCAUUACCAGUUCUUGAAACCUUGGAUCAGUCUAAACCCAAUACUAAUCUAGGUUCAGAUGAAUCAGGUCAAAAUCCAACUUCUAGUUCUGGACAAGUGUCUGCUGGUGACUCUAAAACCCAGCAAGAAGGAAAGUCUUCUCAGGUGAAAUCAGCUCAACCAUCUGGAGAGUCCCCAUCUGAACGAAAGGAGCCAACAGGAACAAAGGACAAAGCAAUCACAAUUUCCAAAGAAGAAACAAAUGUGAAAAGCAAAGAGGAAGAGAAAGACUUUGGGAAGAAAGCAACCCAGAAGAUUCUGAUUCCCGGAGGACCAAAGUCUACUCAGCUGUCUAAAAUCAUUUACAUCAACUUCCAGGACUGCGAGUGUAACGGUCACUCCAACCGCUGCAGCUACAUCGACUUCAUCAACGUGGUGACGUGUGUGAGCUGUAAACACAACACUCGAGGACAGAACUGUCAGUACUGUCGACUUGGUUACUACAGAAACACCUCGCUGCCACUCGAUGACGACAACAUCUGUGUGGAAUGUGACUGUGACCCAGACGGCAGCGCAUCUCCUCACUGCUCUGAUUCUGGCCUCUGUCGUUGUAAACCUGGAGCCACUGGGAGGCGCUGUGAUUCCUGUCUUUCUGGGUUCACCUGGCGGGAAGGCGGAGCUGGAUGCACAGAGAACAUAUGUGACCUGGAGCGUCGGAUCUGUCAGAACGGUGGAACCUGCAUUGAUUUCCAGCGCUGCGCCUGUCCAGACAACUCCACAGGUCAGUUCUGCGAGCAGAAUGUCUGCAUGAAGAAAAACGGCUGCAUCACAAAUGCUUCGGGCUCCUCCUCCUCGGUGACAUCACAGCUCUACCUGGUGGCCUUCAGUUUAACCACCUACACCUUCAGCUGACCACGCCAACCUCACAAACCCACCGCCACUAUGACAUCACAGGUGGAAUAAACGAUCGUAAUGAAAA